GGACAAAAAUGCGUGGUUUCCUGGCGUUCACGUUCCUCCUCCCAGUGUGCCAAGGGGCAGGAGAUGCAGCUGGAGUCAACAUCAACUUGUCAGAACAACCAGAGAAAGUCAGCACGCUGUGCUCGUUCUGUGAAUACUGCCAGGUCAGGAGGAGGAGGCAGAACUAGAGGAGGGCGAUACAUGUGGCCUGUUGCCAGUGUGCCUGAUCUGAUCAUAUUUCUGAUGCCGUCUUGUGUGUCCUUCGCUUGCCAUGGUGUGUCAGUUCUGCGACGAGUGCAGGAAGUGCCCUUGUGAGCGGUCUGACAAGACGCCCAACUGUCACUACUGCGGCUACUGCCGCUUCUGCCCAGCCUGCCGGCUGUGCGGUGUAAGAAAGAAAAGGUGGCAUGGCCUGCUCCAUGGUUUCAUAUUUGUGUAUAUGUGCAGUUGUGCAAGCAGAAGGGCAUUGCCAAUAUGGUGGGCUCGGCCCUGGACUUCGUACUCAAACAAUUCGACCGAGCCCUUGGGUGGGUGAGAGCCCUGCAGUCAGACGCAUGGCCUAAGCCCUUUCGAGUGUCUGUCCUUUGCGUAUGGUAUGCAGUUUCAGUGUCAGCAAGGAGAACGUCACGGUGCCUGAUAGGGCGACCAUCGAGGAGGACGUGCAGAAGACGGAGCUAUACAUGCGAAAGAUGAAGGCCACUCAAGCAGAACAAGAGGAAGAGGAGCAGGAGACCAGCGUAGCCGACGAUGAGGAAGAGGCAGACCACACACACGAUGAGCUGUAGCGGCUUUGCUGUACAUGUCGACCUCACUUACGAAGCGUGUGAAUACUCGAUAUGUCUUAGCGCUUAUAUCGUCUGACGAUAAGUCACGGCACAGAUCAUCG